AUGAAUGAGAAUCUUGAUGAUUCAACAUUCAAAUUGUACAGGAAUGCUACACUCCGUACAUUCACUCACAAUCAUAAGACCAUUCUCUAUUUUUUCCUACAUAGAGCCGCUGAUGAGCCGCUGAUUCAGAGAAAAUGCCCAUCUCGUCCUCAAACUUCACAGACCGAGGAAAAACUUCAAAAGCUUUAUACUAGUAAUCUAGAGCUGCAGCAAGUUCAGACCCUUCUGCAUCACGGCGAGCGACCUCCAACAUUCACUCGCUUUGAAAGUUCCCUGGAAGAACCAUACAGGAUCAAAUUGAAUGGUCCUGAAUUUUCAAGCAAGCCUAAACCUGCUGGCUAUUGA